CUCUCUGGCUCCUAUUCACAUGUCUUUAUCAGAGGUCUGCAGCAGUAAUCCUCUUAAAUUCCAGUCAACAGAGGCGGAGCAAAUUGCGGUUUACAGUUUCCUCCCCCGGUCACUUACUGUGCGAGACAUUCGUGUCGGGGUGCCACGGCCGAUGGACUUUACCGCAACAUGUAUGAUUUGGGUGAUUUGUGCAGAGUUGCUGCGUAAAAACGGUGCGUCCGAGCAGAUGCGGCUCUCACCAUGACCAGUCCCGGGAAGCGGAGCCUCCAGGCGGCGUUGAUCCUCCUGUCUGUCGCCCAGCUGAUUGCAGGUCUGAAGUGUGUGUGCCAGCUGUGCGCCAACCACACCUGUGAGACCACGGCUGACGGCGCCUGCUGGAACUCUGUGAUGCUGAUUGACGGGAAGGAAGAGACGGUCAAGUCCUGCCUGUCGCCCUCCGAGAUGAAGGGCCAGGUCUUCUGCUACAGCUCCAGAAACGUCUCCAAGAGGAGCUGCUGCUUCACUGACUUCUGCAACAACGAGACUCUGCACCUACUCACAGAGAGGCCUUCAGAAGAACCUGGCUGGAGCAGGCUGCAGCUGGCCGUGGUGAUCGUCGUGCCCUCCUGCCUGCUCUGUGUGGGGAUCCUGCUGGGCUUGUUCGUUGUGCACGGCCACCGUUGUGCCUACAGUCGAGCACACAAGAAGGACCCAGAGGAGAUUCUAGAUGACCAGAUGCUGAUGUCACCAGACAAAUGUCUCAAAGAUCUCAUCUAUGACAUGAGCACCUCCGGCUCAGGAUCGGGGCUGCCACUGCUGGUCCAGCGAACCAUAGCUCGAACCAUCGUCCUGCAGGAGACCAUUGGAAAAGGUCGGUUUGGCGAGGUGUGGCGGGGCAAGUGGAGAGGAGAGGACGUGGCAGUGAAGAUCUUCUCCUCCAGAGAUGAGAGGUCAUGGUUCCGCGAGGCAGAGAUUUAUCAGACCAUCAUGCUCAGGCAUGAGAACAUCCUGGGAUUUAUUGCAGCUGAUAACAAAGAUAAUGGCUCAUGGACUCAGCUCUGGUUGGUGUCAGAGUACCAUGAGCAUGGCUCUCUGUACGAUUACCUGAACAGGUACACGGUCUCAAUGGAAAGCAUGGUGGUUCUCGCUUUGUCCAUAGCCAGUGGGCUGGCACAUCUCCACAUGGAAAUCAUCGGCACACAGGGGAAGCCUGCCAUUGCUCACAGAGACCUGAAGUCUAAAAAUGUGCUGGUCAAGAAGAAUGGGACAGCAGUCAUUGCAGAUUUGGGCUUGGCUGUAAAACACGAUUCCAGCACAAACACCAUCGACAUACCGUCAAACCACAGAGUGGGAACUAAGAGGUACAUGGCUCCAGAAAUCCUGGAUGAGACAAUCAAUAUGGGCUGCUUUGAGUCAUUCAAGCGGGCGGAUAUUUAUUCGCUGGGCCUGGUGUUCUGGGAACUGGCCAGAAGAUGCUCCGUUAGGGGACUAAAUGAAGAUUUUCAGCUGCCUUAUUAUGACAUGGUGCCUUCAGAUCCGUCCAUUGAGGACAUGAGGAAGGUGGUUUGUGAUCAGAAACUCAGACCCAACGUUCCCAAUCAAUGGCAGAGCUGUGAGGCUCUGCGUGUGAUGGGCAAACUGAUGAGAGAGUGCUGGUACGCCAACCCUGCUGCACGGCUCACUGCUCUGCGGGUCAAGAAAACGGUGUCUCAGCUGUCUGUUAUCAAGGACAUCAAAGAUUAGAUUUGUUGCCGUGCAGAUCAGUACUGGUGCGGGCGCUGGUGCAACAUGACGGACUGGGAGAAAACAGGGAGAAACUGUCCUCUCUUACUGCCUGAGGCUGCCCUCUUCAGGACGCAAUCACGCCUCUAGAGAGCUUCAUCAGGUUGUUGCUGGUGCCAAAGUGUUGUAGGAGGUGUCUAUGGAAGCUUAGGCACCUAAUCGACCGACAUUUUAACCAAAAUGCUACAUUUUUGGUAGGAAGAGCCAUAUGAAAUAUGUGAUGUAUAUAGAGAUUGUUUUGCUACCUCAGUAUUUUAAGUGCCCAAAGCUUGAAGUUGCACAUUGUUUUGUGUUUUGUGCCAUAUCUUGCAGCAAAUGCAGUACUGCUGGGUAGGAUGCGUGCUAAAUGACAAUCACAGAGAAUACUAGAUAAAAUCCCCAGUGGAUUCUGACUGGUUUUUAAUGACGCACAUUAACUGUCCCUGAUAAAAAAAAAAUAUUAUAGAUGCUUUUGCAUAUUUUGACCAGCAUUGACGUACUUUAAUGUUUUGUUGAAAACUCUGGGUAGUUUCCUCCACACUUCGCUGGAAAACAGCUGUGCAUUUACAGCUAGCAGAGAAUGUUUAGCUAAAUAUAUCCACGACUUUCUAAUAAACCAUGCUCAAUUUCUGAGUAUUGAUUAUUCAGGGUGUCUUUAUAGAGAUGAAUGACUGUCAACCCAUUGAACAGUUUGUUUGCUGGUCUAAAUACCUCUAUAACUACAAGAUACAGACAUUUAUAGUUUAUCCCUCCAAUGACUGGAUUUUUCAUCUACUACCACUACAGCCACGCGAUACAUUCAGCUGAGACUCACGGAGCAUAGCUUGAACUAAUGAAAGCUGAGCCUGACAAACCAGAGUUUAGUCUUGGUCUGUUUUAAAAUGGUCAUGGUAACAAGCUUUGAUUUGCAUUACAAUUUGACCUUUCUUCUGGCACUACUCUCAGGCUAGAUGUUUAUUUUUUUGCAGACACGUCCUUUUAAAGAGCCUUUAUGGCACAGCUAGUGCUUCAAACAUUUAAAUAUUAUUCUUGAUAUACAGAUAGGUAAAUCUAUAAAUUCCUAAUAUAUAUAUUUUGCACCUAAAGCUUUUGGAUAUUGGAAAGAACUGCUCUCUGAUAGCUGUAUGAUAGUCUUUGUAUAUAUAUUCAUGGACUUGAAUUUAAUUUCAGUAUUGCUAACUUUGGCAACAGGUGUUUUUAUUUUUUUAAAGAGGGAAAAGUAUCAUAUAAUAGUAUUUACGUGUAUAAUGCUAUGAGGCUUACUCAGUUUUGCAGCAGGUUUCCUAUUGUAUCACAUAAAAAACAUAACAAUAAGACAAAUCUAAAAAGAAAGUGAUGACAACAUACAAAAAAACAGAUCCAAAAAGGUCAACGUAGAAGCAAAAGUAGCACAAAGUGACACUGUGUUAAGUGUGAACAUUAACACUGGUGGUAAAUCAGCUUUUCACUUGGGGAGCACAGUUUGAGUGAUUGGUCCACAUUAGGAUCACUAAUGCCACUGUCUGACGUGGCCUAUAAAGCCUUGACAUAACAGGCUUAGGGAAAGUGCAGUGUGUGCUUGUAUGGACCAGCGCGUGUGCGUGUUUCAUAUCAUGUGAAGUGACCCUGUACUCAAAGAUGUGAAUCUGAUUGAUCAUUGCAGUCUAACUGUGCAAUUGGUGCUUUGGAUGAAAACAUGUACGUACACCAAGGCUUUCUGUAGCUCCUGAUCACGUGUUCAUGGUAUUUUAGUUACUAAAGCGAAUGACUUACUUCCAUAUAGCUGCUUGGUGUCAGUGUUACAGUUUAACAGUAUUCCUGUUACCAAGGUGUCAUAAUUACUGAAUGAUAUGUAGCAUCAGCACCUCCUCGAAAACAAGCUGCGUACAGUAGCCUGUUGCUGUGUUGGCAGAUAUCAGUUAAUUUUGGAAGUCUUUGUGUAUUUUAUUCUGUGAGAUGAUUAUUGUCUGACUGUGUUGCAGAGAAUAAAGAUAGGAAGUGUUAAAAAAAUGCUUUAUCAAACUAACUGGCCCUGCCUCUGUCCAUUGAAAAAUACCUAUAAUAUAGGUAUGUUAGUUGUUUAUCUUAAGUUGGAUCUAUGCUGAGCCAAUGUUGUCGUUUGUGUCAUUUCUGCUUCUUCAAGAAUCAGAAGAAUGACGUGGGGCAAGCUGUGAGCAAAGCAUGUGAAAGACUUAUCAGUCAUUCCAAAGAGGAGUGAUCACCAUGUGCAAUUUCUGACCGGUGUCUUUUCAAUAUUAUUGUAUAUGAUAUAGCUGAAUAUAUACAAAUAUGAUACAGCUUUCAUAUAAUAGGACCUACAUCUGAUUUUCAAACCCUCCACUCAUUUAGUUUCACUCAUUUGUUUUCCGUAACACUGUUCUGUGUUGUUGCUCAGAUGUGGAUUUCAUUCAACUGCAUUGUAUCUUUUGUCUUGCACUAUUUAUUCUGUAUAGAAAUGUGAUAUCAGUGGGUCAAUAAACUGUUUUUCAAGGA